UUAAAAUUACAUAAAUCAUUUUACUAAUUGAUAAAAUAAUGACUGAAAGUGUACAGAACAUGAUCAAAAUGAGUACAUCAGUUCUAAUAGGUGACUCUUCUCAGACACAAAAGAAGAAGUCUACCAAAAAAGGUAAAAUUGAUGAUACUACACGGCAAAGUUAUGCAGAUACAAAAUAUUUAAAAGUUAUUAUUCCAAAGCCAAAGGUACAUAAAAGAAAAAUUACCUUGAUGAACUGGAAGAGGUUCCAUAAGCUGCACGUGAUCUAUUCUUUCAUGGACAACCUGGAGAGAGAUUUUCCAUCUUUAUGCUCCGUUUACAGCAUCGGUAAAUCUGUAGACGGCAGAGAUAUAAAGAUGUUAAAGAUAUCAAACAGCGACACAACUAAUUCUGGUGUAUGGCUGGACGGCGGUAUACACGCGCGGGAAUGGAUCAGUACUGCGGUGGUCACGUAUCUUGCUGAUGCUAUGGCCAGGAACUUCAGCAUACUGCCGUCCUCCAUGACUAAUAAGGACUGGUACAUAGUGCCUGUACUAAAUCCGGACGGCUACGAACACUCGCACAGGAAAGAUCGCAUGUGGAGGAAGAAUCGAGCCAGACACGACGGACAUCGAGUUGGCGUGGAUUUGAAUAGAAACUUUAGUUUUGCUUGGGGCAACAACGGUGAGGAAGGAUCUUCGGAGAGCCCUCACAGCGUGUUCUACAGAGGACCGGCGGCUUUCUCCGAGCCAGAGUCGAAUGCAGUAAGAGAUGCGAUCUUCCUCUCCCAAGCCCGGUUCCAGGUGUUCCUCUCCUUCCACAGCUACUACGAGCUGAUUCUCUUCCCCUGGGGCUACCGCCGGGAGCCCUGCCCCCACUACCUACGCCUGCUAGAGGGGGGAGCGGUCAUGGCCAGGGCAAUAUACGAGACCACCGGGAUGAUAUACAAAGUGGGGACCACCAAGGACUUGACCUAUGAGGCCUGCGGGACCAGCAUCGACUGGAGUUACGCCAUGGCCAAGAUACCUUACUCCUACAUGAUAGAGCUCCGCAGCAAGAAGCACCGGUUCAAACUACCCAACGAUCAAAUAGAAGAUAACUGUAAGGAGAUAUGGAAUGCCGUGAAAAGUCUCAUGAAUUUUGUCGACAAGAAUAAAGAUGAAAAUAUAAACAGUAUUUUCUUGGUAUUUCGUCAUCUAAAAAGGCAACGUUUAACUAUAAUGGUUCUGCCAAAAAAAUCACAAGUAUGGGAAAUAAAAGUGAGCAAGGAAACACAGAGGCACUUCUUGAAACAACUGGAUACUGAAGGAGCAAUAAAUAUUUGGAAGGAGGACCAAAGUGGUAUGGAUGUGAUGAUAGACGGAGAACGAAGUCAAAUACUAGAAGCUAUGUUCAUCGAGAGGAACAUACCUUAUGUUGUGGCCAUCAACGACUUGAAUAAUGUCAAACGGCGAGAACAGAGCUAUAAUAAAACUACUAAGAAGACUACUUCAAAGAGUAGAAUGGAUUGGACGAGUUACCACAGUCUUGAGACGAUAAAUAGUUUUAUUGACGACUUGGCAGCGCAGUACCCGUACUUAUGUUCGGUCAGUAGCAUUGGCAAGUCCGUUGAAGGCAGAGAUUUACGGGUCCUAAAAGUCUCCAACGGCAACAGUAGCAAUGAAGGAGUAUGGAUAGAUGGCUCCAUCCACGCGCGGGAGUGGAUCAGCGUGGCGGUGGUCACGUACAUUGUAGACCAGCUCGUGAGGAACUUCCACAGGCUGAGUGACAGCGUUACCUGUAGAGACUGGUAUUUUCUUCCUGUACUAAACCCAGAUGGCUACGAAUAUACAUACACCCAUGACCGAAUGUGGCGCAAAAACAGAGCGAAAUAUGGCGAGUGCGUUGGUGUAGAUUUGAACAGGAAUUUCGGUCACGGUUGGGGUGAGAAGGGCGAAGACGGUUCGUCGGAUGACCCCGGAAGUAUCUUCUACAGAGGACCGGAACCCUUCUCAGAACCGGAAACCAGAGCAGUUAGAGACUUCAUUCUCGGUUCGGACACGUCAUUCAAGGUGUUCGUAUCGUUCCACAGUUAUGGGGAGGCGAUAAUAUUCCCGUGGGGCUACACGGAAGACGCCUGUCCUGACUAUGUCGAGCUGCUUGAAGGCGGUGCUGCUUUAGCCAAGGGUAUAUUCGCUACCAACGGUUACACAUACAAGGUGGGAUCUACAAAGGAUCUGAUGUACUAUUCUGCCGGUACCAGCGUCGACUGGAGCUACGGUGAUGCCAACAUCCUCUACUCUUACAUGAUAGAGCUGAGGAGUAAGAAGUACAAAUUCCUUCUACCCAAGGAACAAAUACUGCCAACAGCAGAGGAGAGUAUGAACGGUGUUUUUCGACUCCUAGACUACAUUGACGCGCGCAGCAGUUCGGAGUGUUCGCUAUGUUACUCUUAGAGCGCUUACAGACGAACGGCACGUGUCG